UUUUAGCGAGAGCAUGCGAUCUGUUUAUAUCGCAUAAAUAAACUGUCAAUAAAUACUAAUUAAUUAAUUUAAAUAAAAUAUAAAAUUUAUAAAAAUAAAUAUGAAAAUUAUUAUAUAAUUAAAUGAAUUUUUUUUUCAUUUUAAAAUUAAUAUUUUAUUUUAUUUUAUUCAAGAAUAAAAGUGAAAGAAAAAAAUUAAAUUAAAUUGUUUUUUUUUGAAUAUGAUUAAUUUUUUUGUUAUUGUUUUUUUUUUAUAAAAUUAAAAAAGUGAAUUUUUAAGUUUGUGAAAUUAUAAAUUAUUAUCAUCAUGAAUUACAAAUUUUUUAUUUGUUUAGUAUUAUACUUUUUGGGUCUGGCUAAUGUUGUUGAUGGACAUCUCAUUGAUGGUAUCUUUACUGAGCCAACACUUGAGCCUGGAUACAAUUUAGUAGCGACAAUUCCAACUGGUGCAACAAACAUCAACAUAACUGAGCUUCGUCAUGCCAACAAUUAUCUAGCAAUUCGACUUGAAGAUGGAAAUUUUUUACUAAAUGGUAAUUACAGUAUAAAUUGGUCAGGUGUUUACAAAGCUGUUGGUACAUCUUUUGUUUAUCAUCGUCAAACACAUCAACAAUUAGAAUCAAUUGGUGCAAUUGGACCUAUUCAACAAUCAAUUGAUAUAAUGGUGUUGUAUCAAGAGCCAAAUCCUGGAAUUGUUUAUCGUUAUAAUGUUGGUGGAAAAGACACAGUGCCAACUGAUGCAACUGGACAAGUUGUAAAUCAUAAAAAAACUGAUACAACAUUGCUCAAAGCAAAAAGAAUUGAUCCGACAUUGAUUACUAUUGAUGAAUCAACAUCAUCAUCACCAUCACCAACAAGACGUAUUAAAAAACGUAAAUUUAACUGGAAAUCAUCGGAAUUUACAAUUUGUAGUAAAACUUGUGGCGGAGGUGUAAAAUCGAAAAAUUACUAUUGCGUAAGAGAACAGACACAAAUUCAAGUACCAGCAAAACGUUGUCAUGGUUUGGAAAAACCAGUUGAUGUUCCUGUUAGAUGUAAUACUGGACCAUGUCCACCAAGAUGGCGAGCUGGUAGUUGGAGUACAUGUUCAGUAAGUUGUGGUAGUGGAAUACGUUUACGUGAAUUAGAAUGCGUACAAGAAGUCAACAACCUGUUGACUGUACGUAUUGCUGAUAGUGCUUGUGCAGAUAUAAAAACUCCAUCGAUAAAAGAAUCAUGUGAAAUUUCAAUUUGUAAAAAUAUAUUUGUCGUAACAACUGAAACAAAUUUAAAUAAAUGGAUUACUGGUGAUUGGUCAAAGUGUUCAACAACAUGUGGAUUGGGAAAAAAAACAAGAAAAGUUAGUUGUAUACCUGAUGAGAAUUCAUGUCCAGUCAAUGAAAAGCCAAUUGAAUAUGAAGAAUGUAAAUUAGAUGCUUGUCCAAAUUAUCAAUACAAUUUAAUUGACACACAAAAAUCACAAUGGCUUCACAGUGAAUGGACAAAAGAUUGCUCAACUGAAUGUGGAAUGGGCUUUCAAACACGAAGUGUCAUUUGUGAUAAGGAUGAAACUUGUGAUGUUAACAGUCGUCCUGAAUCAAUAAGAACCUGUUCCAGUGACAGAGCAUGCAGUGGACAGUGGUUCAUUGGACCCUGGACCAGAUGUUCAUCAUCGUGUGAUAUUGGUGAACAGACAAGAGAUAUUAUUUGCAUGACAACUAUUCAUGGAUCAUUACGUGUGGUCCUUGAUAUGAAUUGUCCACCAGAUAAACCAGAUACAAAAAAAUCUUGCAAUGGGCCACCUUGUCCACCAACUUGGUUCACAUCUGAUUGGACUGAUUGUACAAAAACAUGUGAUACUGGUUUACAAACGAGACAUGUUAAGUGUUUUAAACGUGAUGAUAAGGAUGCUGAAUGCAAACAUGAUGAUCGUCCAAUUGGAAGAAGAACUUGCAAUGAAUAUCCAUGCAAACAACAAGCUGACAUUACUCAUGACAAUGAAGAAAAAUCAAAACAAAUUAUUAAUGAUCCGGAUAUUAAUCAAGGAAUUCCAGCUGAUGAAAGUUGUAAAGAUACAUCUGUUAAUUGUGGUCUAGUUAUACAAGCAAGAUUAUGUAUUUAUAAAUUUUAUGAAAAAAUAUGCUGUUAUUCAUGUUCAAAAAUUGAACAUGAUAGUAAUUAAAUUAUUCAAUAAAAAUCAUAAUAAUCAAUGAAUUUUAAUUAUAUUUUAGUCAAAGCAAUGGAAAAAACAAAUAUUAAAACAAAAUUUAAAUAUGGCUUAAUUUUUUGAUUAUUAUUUUAUUGUACAAAUAAAUUUAUAAUUUCUAAA